UUCUUUAGCAAAAACUGACGAGGACAACUCCAGUUCCAGUGGAGUAUCUACUGGAGCAAUAGUAGGAAUUGUCUUUGGUGUGCUGAUAUUUAUAGCAGUCAUUGUUCUCCUCUGUCUGUUGUGUAUAAGAUUCAAAGGGAGACAACAGAAAACGAAAGUAGGGACGAAAGACAAAACUCCGGCAACAUCUCCCAGGUCUAACACACUUUCAGCCGACAUUGACGAUAUUCCACAUCAACUGUCACCCCACUGGAUUCAUGGUCCACAUGGGACAGCCCCUAUGGAAACUAAAUUUAGCGGCGAUCAUACAGUUUCAAAUUCUCCAACAUUGGAUCAUAAUUACAAUCCUUUUUCAGUUCUUCCCCUUGGCAAAGGAAAGAAAGGUACUGGUGAAGAAAUACAAAAUGGGGUUUCACAAUCUCCAAUAAAACUAAACGAACGCGAGAACGCUAGCAAGAAGCCACAGAUGGUAAUAAAACAGUCAGAAUUGAAAAAGAACGUUGAUAUUCAUGAAAAGAAGGAAACAGCAACGUCAAGUAAAAAUAUUCAUUCUGAAAAACUUUUAAUUGAAGACUUAGAAAAGGCUGACAAUAAUGUGAUUAUUCCUGACAGACCUGGUGGUUCUGCUGACGAGAAAAGUAUGCCAAAGUUGCUGCCAAAUGACUUUGCUCAGGAAAGUUUUCAGACAUUUCAGACAGAAGCUAAUACUACGAUUUCAAGAAAUUCAAACAUAACCCCAAAGGCAAUCGUUCUUGAAGCGAAUGGUUUUAAUGAUGAGACAACAAAUAUUCAAGACUUGAAAGGUCAAUUACCAGUUGAGGAUACUGAAGAAUAUCGAUCUGGGUACACCAAAAGAGAACUUGAAAGUGCUGAUAAAGAGGUUUCUGUCCUUUCUCGAAGCUCCUAUAAACACAAUAUACAGAGAAACCAGUUACGGGAAGCUUCAUUGACACCUAUAUUGGUAACAGAAAAUACAUCGAAGACAAGUGAAAUUUCCAAGAAGGCCGUACCACCAACAGAACAUAGUCUUCCGGACAAUCAUAAAAUUAUCAAGACACACUUUGAAAGGGAAGAUUUAAAGUAUGUAGGAACUUUCAUUAAUGUGUCAAGAACUCCACCACCUGGACCAAAUGACGAAAGGUCAUUCAAAGGAAGGAAGAAAAAUAAAGUCUUAGCUAAAUCGCAUUGUAGUAUGACUCAGACUGAAAAGGCUAAAAAGCCCAAAACAGCUACCAAGUUUUUCAAAGUCAAAGGCAAAUCAAAUAAGAAAGGACAGCAAGCUCUUAUUUCCUUAAUUAGAUCAAAGUCUGUAGGUGUGCAUAAGAAUAAAAAGGGUACAUUUUACAACGAAGAUAUACCAACUGUCAGUGAAACCGAAUCAUAUCUACAUAUUUCUGAAUUAAAUAAUACUAACACUGGAAUCUGUUAUGACGAAGACAAUGAAAAAGCACGAGCUCUAGGUCACUGGAACAAUGAUUCUCAUUCUCUGGUAACAAAUGUUACUAAUUUAUCUGGCAAUCAUGAUCGGUGCAAAUCAAACGAAAUGAAAUUGGCACUUGGUACAGCACACGAUAGAAGUAUAUCGAGACUUACAUCAAGUACCGAUUUAUCAUUAAGAGGCUCAGUCAGUGUAAGAUCUAUAAAUGCGAUUACAAGCAGGAUUGAUAGUAGGGGAGCAAAGUAUUUUAUCGAAAACGAAUCAUCGUCAAUAGCUAUUCAUGUUAAAACAAGCGACUUUCCGGACGAUCAAGGAGCUACUGACCUUGUUGGAAGUAACGUAAACAAUGUUGAAAACAAUGAUAACCAGGCCAAUGAGGAAUAUGAAGAGGAAGAUGAGGACGACGAUGAAGACGACAAUGAAGACGAAGAUGAAGACGACGAUGAAGAGGAAGGUGAAGAGGAAGAUGAAGAUGAUGAAGAAAAUAUUGACGAUUGUGAUGAAGCAAAGGAAACUAGUAAAGAUACUAUUGAAACUUCUAUGUCAGUUCUUUAUGGAACGCCAAAUGGAGAAGAAGAAGACCCUGACAGAAUGAUAUUGAAAGGAUACGAACAUGAUUUGGUAACGAUCAAAGAAUGACUAUGUUUUAAAACAUGUAUAAGUAUAAUGUAGUGUAUGUAAUCGAGUAAGGAGCUUAAAUGGUCAUGCUACACAGCUGUAUAAGAGUUCAGAAAGCAUGUUACAUGAUGUACUGAUUAUAUAAAUCACUUGUUUUAUCUUGUGUAACCAUCGUGAUAUAAACAAUAUUUUGUGACCUUAAAGAGGUGUUGAUUAACUCUGCGUACCUGAGAUAUUAGUCUAAGUUUAUAUAAAAAUAAAGGCAUAUUUGGUAAUACAAAACAUAAACAUUUUCUAAACUAAAGGUCGUCCAACAAAUAUUUAAAACAACGUGUAUUCCAAUAAUUAACGAUCGGCCUUGUUUUAAUUUUAUUUUUGUUAUUUCAUUGUAUUGUCGCUAUUUAUUUUGACGUUAACCUGAUAAAAACUCAACAUCAUUCA